GCUAGUCCACAUUGAAUACCCGCUUCCCGAGUCACAGAAUCUUCCAUCAAACGAACUGUUAUUACUAAGUAUAUAUCUCAGUCCCAGUACCCAAACGAGUCUUUUCAAUCCCUUUAUUACUUCAAGACAUAUAAUCUUCCAGAACUCAUCUCUACCCGCUACAUGUCUUUCCAUCUCGUAGGGCUCUUCUAAUCCAUACUUGAACAAACCACGCCAUGGAUUCAUUCAUCCAACAGUUAUGUAGGGCUCUACAUAAACCGGAAACAGCCAAAAGAUACCGGGAUGCCGGGGUAGGGCUGGCGUUUGUUGGAUUGAUCCAGGUUCUGGUUGUUCCUAUCCAGAUCACCCUUGAUAUCUACUCCAUAAACCUCCCUGCCUCUAUCCUGGUGAUGCUUCUUUUCUCCUCCCUUCUCCUCAUCGCCAACUGCAUUCAUAGGGGAACUGAGAAGUUAUACUCCAAGCACCUACGCGGACCGACUGACUUCCUUGGCCGGCACAUGUCCUUCGGCUUUGUGGCAUCCUUCAUAAUGCUCAACAGGGACCACAUAUCCAAUGUCAUGGAUGUCCCUAGGAUUGCCGGGGCUUUCUUCAUCACUACUUUUGUGGGCUAUAUUAGCACGUAUUUGGUUGCGUUCGGGAGUUCCAAGCUAGAACAACGACUACGAGGUGUACGAGAGAAAGUUUUCGACGUCGAAAGCCACCCUAAAUCUUGGCCUAGUCCCCCCGCAGCAUGGCCGGCUCCGCCAACAGAUAGGGGUGCGAAGCGGAUAUCUCAAUUAUCUCGGAUAAGUGUGGCUAUAUCAAACGAGAAGCCCUUUAUUUCGGCCGAAGCGGUGAAAGGAGGUUCGGUCUCGCAACUUAUAGAACAGAUCGUACGCACAGGUCCGCUAUGGAUUUGCAUAUUUCUGCUUGCCAUCAUCGGGGUUCCGAUAUAUCUUGCGACUAAGUACGAAGCACCGUGUGAAGUUCUAUGCUUUAUCCUAUUCUGGAUUUUAUCCGUUCGGUUUCAAAGGUCGUUGAAAAGUUCAUAUUCUCUCCUAAGGUUUCCGUACCUAAGAUCGGCAGUGGUCAUAUCUGCGAACCCGGUGCUGGUGACUUGGGCAAUUGGAACGGCUUACCUCUGGAUUAAGGCGGGAUAUACUGGACGAAGUAUCGAUGUCAUCAUCACUGAGUUUCAUAGGCAUCAGACUUUGGCGGAAAGCAUAUAUGCGAUUGCAAAGGGCGGAAGGAUAUCAAGUAAUAUCGGUGCUGGUGACCUAUCUGGACCCGUCUUGGACGCAGGCAUUGUCUGUAUGGGCUUCAAGAUGUUCGAGUACCGAAAAGAGCUAUGGAAAAGUGUAUACACGGUGUUAGCCACAUGCGCAUUGCUUGCCGUGGCAAACGUCUUCCUCAACGUUAUGAUCGCCCGCGCAUUGGGAUUACAGCCCGCUGACGCGCUAGCAUUUGCUGCUCGAUCUGUUACUAUUGCUCUUGGGGUGCCGGCGAUUGAAGGCUUGGGCGGCAGCACUACACUCAUGAGCGCACUUGUUAUUUUUGGCGGGAUUAUCUUCCAGAUGGGCGGAGAUUGGCUGUUCUCACUCCUGCGGAUUAACGACCAGGAGCACCAGCUGAAAUCUAACGACUCCAACAGUAGUUACACGGAAACUACGGGGUCUACGGACAUGUGGAAGGAGAAAAACGCUCAAAAGCAGAUUACUAGGACCGACAAUGCGGUUAUCGCAGCUGGUGUGACCGUAGGCAUCAACGCGGCAGCGAUGGGCACAGCGCAUCUAAUAGAACGGGACUCGAGAACUACAGCAUAUUCGGCAUUGUCAAUGACCUUAUUUGGAGCUAUGACAGUAGUACUCACGGCGGUACCUAGUGUCUCGGAGACUAUAGUAUCUCUAACAUGGAGAUGAGGAGAAUGCCAUAUUUCGAAGACGGUAGUUAGCGAUCACU